CUCCAACGGUUGGUCUACAGGCGCUGCUUUAUCACUAUGGCAACGUUUGGGUGACGUUUAAACUCUGCGACGCCCCAAGCUCCACGUCACCUCGAAGAGACGUGUGUUUUGGUUUGUUGGAGUAACUUGUUUCGUGACAUCUCCGAUGAUUUUUCCUUUUAUUUACAACUGACCGACACUGUUUAUAAGCAAAAAUGUUAACCGCAGAGGAUUUCACACAGCUGCCGCUCCUAAUGUGGGAGAAGGUGUUCGCGAAAGUGAAGAAAGCCGUGGUUUUUAUGGAUGACAGGAGUGCAGAGGCUCUCCACUGGAGCGGAGGGGCUGGAGCCUUGCUGCAAGCGGGAGCCAGGAACGUGAAGCAGUUUUCGAGCUUCGAAGCGUGCGGGGAGAACGAGCCCAAAGCCGUGUUCGUGGUGAGCACUUUGUUAAAGGGGAGGACGGUGGACAUCAUAAAAGACAUCAUAUCCCUCAGUCACUUUCAGUACUGCGUCGUCUUCACCGCUGUCCCCCACUCCGUGCACCUGUUCGCCAACAACGUGUCCACAGAAAUGGACGGCUUCCCCGUCUUUGAGCAGUUCGAGGAGAAGCUCUGCGAGUGGAUGGGGAACAUGAACUACACGGCGGAGGUCAUGCACUCUCCUGUGGUCUUCGCCCCCGUGUCGCAGCAGCUGAUCGUGGCGUCGCCGUUUGCUCACCUGUUUCCCCUGCUCCCAGCAGACCUGGCGAGCAUCAAUGCAAAGCGACCGGAGAAGAAGAGGUUUGGCACUUUGAGUGACCUGGAUGGGCAUUCGCUUCCGGUGGAGCUGCAGAUUGAAAUUAAAAGUUUGGUUUCGGCGUUAAACUCGAUGUUUGAGGCUGCAGGGAUGAGGGAAGAGAGUUUUGCUGUGGGGCCAAUGAGCCGCAUCAUCGCAGGGGAAUUGGCCAAUCACAAUCAGGCGAAAAACCGAAGAAAGACUGCUCCUAAUAAGGCAUCGAUCAUCUUUAUAGACCGAACAAUGGAUCUUACAGGUGAGACCCGUCAUUUGUCCGUCUUGGACCUUGAUGUCGAGGUUGGAGAGUGUGCAGUGUGGGCAGAGCAGAGCAUGGGUGGCCGAGGUGCUCUGAGCCUCCCUCAGGAACUGUAUGUAGUAGAGUUGUUACUCAACAAGAUUUCUGGGCUGGUUAAGAAGUCCGUCUCACACCCUGGCGAUGUCAACCUCGGUCAACCUGGGCGGCCCACUUUUAUCCAGCCGGUCGGCUCAGAGGAGAUGGGAGAGGGGGAGGAGGGGACAUGGGCGACCCACACGAUGCCCGUACCGCCGUCCUCUGCGAGGUUGCUGUGGGAGUCGAUGCUCACCAGUAAACACAAAGAGGCUCUGAUGGAAGUCCGACGCCACCUGGUGGAGGCGGCCACCAAGGAGAAGCUGCCAAUCAAGAUGAGUAUGGGUCGCGUGACCCCCGAUCAGCUGUGUUCCUAUGUGAAGUUGUUCCGGAGCAGCUGGGAGGCGCUAGAGAGUCACUGCGGGGUGCUUCAGCUGGGCUUGGCCACUGCCCAGACACUCCGACACCCCGGCUUGGCCCGCUGGGAUUCCUGUCUCGCUUUCGAAAGACUGCUGCUGCAGGCUCUUGGAGACAGCGACUUCCCGGCCGUGCUGAGGCAGCUGCUGCCCUUAAUGAAGCCCCGCGGAGGCGAGGACAGCUCAUCGUCAGGGUCGAGGCGCGGGCAGGACGAGUGCGGCCCGGACGAGCUGAUCCUCCUCCUGAUCUAUCUGUACACCCUGGCUGAGGAGGCGCAGCACUCUGCGGACGGCGGGGAGGAGGAGCUGGAGAAGCUGGAGCGCGAGCUGAUAGGAGCGCUCACGCUGGUCAUCACCCAGGAGACGGAGCUCAGCCCGCUGCUCCAAAGCCUCACCGGUUGUGCGACCGCAGAGGAACUGACCACAGAAAGAGCCCAUUCUGCAGUGGGGAAAAUGUUUGAGACCCUCCGAGGUUUGAGCCACAUGAGAGACCACCUCAAACAGCUGCGCUCCGUCUAUACUGCAAGUGAUGGAGUCCACCAGGCCUCAUACCGCCCGUUCCUGCGACAGAUCCUGGAGGAAGUUUUCCACCCGGACCGACCCGAAUGCCCCGACAUCGAGCACAUGUCAGGAGGGCUCACGGACCUGCUGAAGACCGGAUUCAGCAUGUUCAUGAAGGUGAGCCGUCCACGGCCCAGAGACAACCCUCUGCUCUUCCUCUUCCUGGUCGGUGGAGUCACGCCGUCGGAGCUCCGCCUCGUCAAGGACACCGUCGCCGCACUCAAACCAGGAACACAGGUGCUGGUUCUCUCCACCCGCUUACUAAGACCGGCGGAUAUCCCAGAGCUGCUCUUCAGCGCCCAGCGACUGAGGCCAGAUGUCAGUUUCUGAAAGGCCGGCGCGAGGAACGAACCUUACCGGCGUACGUUUGGACAAUCAGGUGUCGAGCUCAAGUAGUUCGAUUUUAUACAAAUGCUGAGGGAUAAAAAAUUAAAAAAGAAAAACAUUUCUGCUCUGUAUGUCAGCAAACACAAGCGAUUAAAAAGAAAAUAAAAAUCCUUGCUGUGUUUUAUGACUCAAUCCGUCCAUAUAUUAAAUCUGACAAUAAAGACGUUUUUACCUUCCAGACAGCUGCAAGAUGUGCCGCUGCUUUUUGGUUCGCAUACACUGAAAAUAAACCUCAGACGUU